GCGGCCGUCGUCCUGCCCGUCCGCUAUUUCUACGUGCAGGCGGUCGACUCGGAGGGCCAGAACCUGACUCGCUCGCCCCCAGGUCAAACACUAUUUAAAGUAGCAGUCAAAUCUCUUUCACCUAAAGAGUUAGUCCGGAUUCAUGUUCCUGAACCUUUGGACAGGAAUGAUGGAACUUUUUUGGUGAGAUAUAGGAUGUAUGAAACUGUCAGUGAAGGGCUGAAGAUAGACAUCCUUUAUGGUGAUGAACAUGUGGCUCAGUCUCCCUAUAUUUUGAAAGGUCCAGUGUACCAUGAGUUCUGUGACUGUCCAGAAGAGGAUCCUCAGGCCUGGCAGAAAACUCUUUCUUGUCCAACCGAAGAACCACAGAUUGCAAAAGACUUUGCUUCCUUCCCCAGCAUUAAUCUCCAACAGAUGCUAAAUGAAGUCCCCAAAAGGUUUGGGGACGAGAGGGGUGCCAUUGUUCAUUACACGAUCCUUGAUAACCUCAUUUACCGGAGAUCUUUAGGGAAAUACACAGACUUCAAAAUGUUCUCUGAUGAGAUUUUGCUGUCACUGGCAAGAAAGGUCCUUCUCCCAGAUUUAGAACUUUACGUUAAUCUUGGAGACUGGCCCUUGGAGCAUCGAAAAGUCAAUGAAACCCCUGGCCCUAUACCUAUCAUUUCAUGGUGCGGCUCUCUGGAUUCAAGAGAUGUUAUCCUUCCAACAUAUGACAUCACGCACUCCACACUUGAAGGAAUGAGGGGUGUUACAAGUGAUCUCCUUUCUAUUCAAGGAAAUACAGGGCCUUCCUGGAUCAAUAAAACAGAGAAAGCUUUCUUCAGAGGUAGAGAUAGCCGAGAGGAAAGGCUCCAGUUGGUACAGCUGUCCAAAGAAAAUCCACAACUACUAGAUGCAGGAAUUACAGGAUAUUUCUUUUUCCAAGAAAAAGAAAAAGAGCUUGGAAAAGCCAAGUUGACAGGUUUCUUUGAUUUCUUCAAGUACAAGUAUCAAGUGAAUGUGGAUGGGACCGUGGCUGCUUAUAGAUACCCUUAUCUCAUGCUGGGCGACAGUCUGGUUCUGAAGCAGGACUCACCUUAUUAUGAACAUUUCUACGGGGCACUGAAGGCUUGGAAACAUUAUGUUCCAAUUAAAAGAAAUCUUAGUGAUUUACUAGAGAAAAUUAAAUGGGCCAAGGAAAAUGAUGAAGAAGCCAAGAAGAUUGCAAAAGAAGGGCAGUUGACGGCUAGGGACCUACUACAGCCGCACAGGCUUUACUGUUACUAUUACAGCGUACUACAGAAAUAUGCUGAGCGCCAGUCCAGCAAACCCGAAAUACGUGAUGGAAUGGAACUUGUUCCUCAGCCAGAGGAUAACACAUCCAUCUGCCAGUGCCACAGGAAAAAGCUUUUAAGAGAAGAGCUUUAA